CAGUGUCUCCUCUUGCUAUAAAUAGCACCCUCCUUCUCUCCUCUCAAUCCAUCUCUAGUUCUUGACACACUGGUCUUACAAGCGCAAUGGCGGCCACCACCAUGUCCCUUUCUUCCUCGGCCUUUGCCGGCAAGGCGGUGAAGAACCUGCCAUCUUCAGCUCUCUUCGGUGAGGCCCGCGUUACCAUGCGUAAGACCGCUGCCAAGGCCAAGCCUGUCUCAUCGGGUAGCCCAUGGUACGGCUCCGACCGUGUGUUGUACCUAGGCCCGCUAUCCGGCGAGCCACCGAGCUAUCUGACUGGUGAGUUUCCUGGUGACUACGGGUGGGACACCGCCGGGCUCUCAGCCGACCCCGAGACAUUCGCCAAGAACCGCGAGCUGGAACUUAUCCACUCCCGCUGGGCUAUGCUCGGUGCCCUUGGAUGCGUCUUCCCCGAGCUGCUUGCCCGCAAUGGCGUCAAGUUCGGCGAGGCCGUCUGGUUCAAGGCUGGCUCACAGAUCUUCAGUGAGGGCGGGCUCGAUUACCUCGGCAACCCCAGCCUUGUCCACGCGCAAAGCAUCCUCGCCAUCUGGGCUUGCCAGGUCGUGCUCAUGGGUGCCGUUGAGGGAUAUCGUGUUGCUGGUGGCCCACUCGGUGAGAUCGUCGACCCUCUCUACCCAGGCGGUAGUUUCGACCCACUCGGUUUGGCCGACGACCCAGAGGCAUUCGCCGAGCUCAAGGUUAAGGAGCUCAAGAACGGCCGCCUCGCCAUGUUCUCCAUGUUCGGCUUCUUCGUACAGGCUAUCGUCACCGGCAAAGGACCACUCGAGAACCUCGCCGACCACCUUGCCGACCCGGUCAACAACAAUGCUUGGGCCUUCGCCACAAACUUCGUGCCGGGAAAGUAAGGCGGCCUGGCGCAUGUCUCUAGGAGGCCAUGCUCAGGGUGAAGUGGGCCUAGCUGGUUUCAGUUGUACUUGUACCACCCUGUUGUAAAUUACGAACAUUUCCAUGCAAAAGUUUGCUAGAUUUCAUGAAGGACACUUUGUGAUCGUC